UCUCUCUCCCUCUUUCUCUCUUACCCCUACUGACAAGAGCUGGGCCCAACAUCAUGGCUGGCAAUACUGACAUCUCUUACAGCUUGCAAGAGCACAUCACUCAGCUGCUGAAGCCCCAGAAGAUUUGUCUCAUGCGGCAGGUGCAGCUAAACCAACCCAAGGGGAAGGCUGAGAGCAGGGUUCUGGUGAUGACUCUAUGGAGAUCUUAUGUUGUCCUCAGUAAGCAACCUGUCAGGGUGGAAAGCUCCUUCAGCUAUUUAGAGAUUUAUGCCAUCAGCAUUGAGAGUCUUAAUCAGGUGGUGAUUGAGACGGACAGACAGACCUACUCUCUCAGUCUGACAUUUGUUGAGGACCUUGAGGCUAUGGUCAGUCAUGUGACAGCUUCUCUGAAGAAGAUCUUCCCUGAUUCAUCUCCAGGGAAGAUCCUGAAGAAGAUCCCUCCAGACCUGCAGGAGCGGAUGUGGAACCUGGCAACCCGGGUGGAGGAGCACCUGACUGGAACACUGGGACCAUGUGGAGGCUUCUCAGAGACGUAUGCUGCUCUAUGUGACUUCAAUGAAUUACCCUGCAGAGAGGAGGUCCAAUGGGAUGUGGACAACAUUUACUAUGUCCAGAAUUGUCGGGAAUUCAACCUCCUGGAUUUCAGUCAUCUGGAAAACAGAGAUUUGGCCUUAUCAGUGGCCGCACUUUCCUUCAACCAAUGGUUCACCAAGAUCUCCAGCAAAGACCUCAAACUGAGCUCAGAGGUCCAAGAGCAGGUUCUCUUCAUGAUCAACAGAUCCUCCACCUUGGAGGAGGUGUGUCUAGAGGGAUGUGGGAUCAAACUGGAUUUUGCAGUGAAGAUGGCUGGUGCCCUGCGAGAUCACACCUGCUCCGCCAUCCACACCAUCAACCUGUCAGCCAAUCACAUAGAGGACAAAGGUGUGAUAGCUCUCAGUCAGGAACUGGAGAAUCUGCCCAAUGGUCUCACCCAGCUGUCCCUCUCCAGGAUUAGUGUCUCUCCCAAAGGUCUAGGUAGUCUGACUCAGGCGUUACGGCAGAACAAGGCCUUCUCCAGCUCUCUGUGUCACCUGGACCUGUCAGGGAAUACAGGCAUUCUGGCUACAGAGGAAGCUGUGAACCUGUUUAAGUUCCUGUCUGGGACCAAUGCUGUAUCUUACCUGGACCUGAGUGGCACAGACUGCCCUCUGGACACUCUGUUUGUAUCUCUGUCAGCAGGCUGCUGCCCCAACCUGGCCCACCUCAACCUGUCCAGAAACCCCUUCUCACACAGGAAGGUGAGGGAAGUGACGAGGACUGUAAAGGAAUUCUUCAGUAAGAGCAAUGAGCUCCGAUACGUUGGAUUGGCAGGAACCAAACUACCCCCAGAGGCUCUCAGAUUGUUGUUGCAGGGUCUUGCCACAAAUACUCAUCUGUGUGGGCUGGAGCUAGACCUGAGUGGCUGUGAGCUGAGGUCUGCUGGCGCCCAGGUGAUUCAGGAGCACAUCUUUGAAGCCAAGGCCAUCAGCAGUCUGGACCUCUCUGACAAUGGUUUUGAGAGUGACAUGGUCACCUUGGUGCUGUCCAUCGGUCGUAGUCACUCCAUUCGCCAUCUAGCUUUGGGACGCAACUUUGCAAUGAAAUCCAAAGCUCUAACAGAUGUCCUACAGCGUAUUGUCCAGCUCAUUCAGGAGGAGGAGUGUCCCCUGGAGUCUCUGUCAGUGUGCGACUCCAAGCUGAAGACAGGCACCACCAUCCUCAUCAACAGCCUGGGCUGCAAUGCCAGCCUCACUAAGAUAGACAUCAGUGGCAACUGCAUCGGAGACACUGGAGCCAAAAUGCUGGCCAAGGCCUUACUCAUCAACACUAAACUCAGGACUCUGGUCUGGGACAGGAACAAUGUGACAGCCAGGGGAUUUCUGGAUGUGGCCAACGCUCUAGAGAGGAACUUCACACUGCAGCACAUAUCCAUCCCCAUGAAUGAUGUCACACACGGGUAUCGUAACAGUCCUGAGAAGACAGAGGAGGCUCUGCAGAAGAUCCAGUCGUGUCUGAUCAGGAACAGCCAGAGAAAGUCUGCAGGCCCAGACCAGAUACUAAACCUCCAACAGGGCCUGAAGACCGUACGCUCUGAACAGCUGGUUCAAGGUCUGUGUCAGAGGUUACAGGAGAGUGUCCGACCUUUAGCCCCCUGCAAUAUACAGGAAGUACAGUCAGACAUAUUGGCUGCAGAGGAAGUGCUUCAUAAUACUAAAACCUCCAUUAUGCUAUUGCCUUCACUUUAUGAUCUGGUGAAGACACCCUCUAGUGGUGCAAUGCUGCAGCACAUACUGAAUGACACUGCCAAAACAGUCACCAACGAAAUAACAGAGGAGAUUCAGGAGCUGGCUCAGGCCUUGUUGCAGUCAGCCCAGACCCUCUGUCCUAGGGUCACCCACAGGUCAAGUGUCUGUGAGCAGCUGGCUGACUGUGUGGCUAAGAAGUCCAGACAGACAGCCCUGUUCAUCCAGGACACCUUCAUGCAGCACAUAGGAGAACUCAUCAGUAACAAACUAAGUGAACUCAAACUGUCAGUUAGUGUCUCCUUGGUGGAAAGUAUCAUUGAUGAGGUUCUGCUGGACUUGUCUGUGGCUCAGCAGAAAUUGGACCGUCAUAUGAGGGAGCAGACCACCUCUGGACUCAAAACCAACGUCCCUCAUCUACGAGUGGUAGACCAUGACUUCCCCAUGGAUGAUUAUGUUCCUGUCAUUUGGAGGAGCAGCAUCCACUCCAAGAGUAUCCGUCCAGCCCCCUCAGUGAAAAGUCUCCUAGAUGUGGACACGGAGCAGCAGGCAAGAGAGAGCAUGCAUUAUCAGCAGGAAGGAGCAUGGGUAGGGGGGAAGGUGCAGGCGCUGUCGUCAACGACGACACUGUCAGUCACAGUAGGAGGCCAGCUGAAAUCCGAAGGUCCCUCCCACACAGGGAGAGAGGCGGAUGCUGCCGCUGCUCCUGCUCCUGCAGCUGCUGCGGCUCUUAGCAACAGUGAGCCCCGGCGCCCUGAGCCCGCACCUCCUCAGGCCCCUAUGGACCUGCCCAUCGACGGCCACACACUGAGGCACUACACCCGCUCCAGGCCCAGACCCAAACGCCGGAACAGCAAGCCGCCCAGCAAGACCCAGGAGCAGGCAGCUGAGCGUGAAGAGAAUGAAGCCAAUGAGACCAUUGGCAGGGUGGAUGAGGGAGUAGAGGAGUUCUUCACUAAGAAGAUCAUCCCUGAUGACCCUCUAAAAGCGCAGAGGGAGGAGAUCCCUGACAAAGCACAACCCACAGAGUCAACUUCCCCUGCCCCUCCCAGCACGUCUGCCCCGGCCCCGCCCUCCUCCACCACCACCUCCUCUAGCACGUCUUCCUCCUCCGCGACUGAAACAACCACCCUUUCCUCCGCCCCCUCCAAAAACAUCAAGAAGAAGUUUGGGGACUUCUUUGCCUUCAAGAAAGGCCGUGCCGUCCGGGGGGCGAAGGGCGAGGUUUGCCCAGAGGGCAAGGUCAAAAAGACCUCGAUUGCAGAUCUAAUCAGACCACUUAGGGAGGCAAAAGAGAAGGAAAAAGAGAGGGAGCGAGACAAAAAGGGGAAAUUUGAAGAGGAGAGGGGUGCUAAUGCCACCAGUGUUAAUGAUUCUGAUGCCACCACAACAGUAAGAGCAGCAGAGGACAACACCAUGGCCCCCGCCACUCCCUCUGAUGUCGCCACCACCUCCGCCUCCCUGCCCACCAGUGCCCGUGCCCAGGAGAAGGUGACCCCCAUGUCCCCCAGCGCUCUGACCCCCAGCCCCGUCAUCAGCCCUAUUGGGGGUUUCUUGAUGGAGAGGGAGAAGAGCCGGACUCUGGAGAAGAGCAGAACCCCAGAUGGAGAGAGGAGGUUGAAGGCCACACGGCGCUCCCUCAGGGAUGGCAAGUCCCAGUCCCUCAUCCUGCUGACAGGCCUGGAGGAUGGCACUGCCACACAUGGAAAGAAACACGCAUCUGAGAGCACAUCCAGCCUUGAGCAGCGUCUCCACGUAAUGCUCCACCGCAUGGGGGUGGCCAAGACACCUCCUGCAGACACAAAGACCAGCCAGAACAAAGAAGAGGAGCUGAGGAAAGCCAACUCAGAGGGUGCAAUUCUUGACAAAAAACCUGAACCUCCAACCACGUUGAUGAAGCCUCGCACUAUGUCCACAUCAGCUUCAGACACCAGGUGGCCAAUCAGAGCAGGCCUAACUCCUCUGGAGGCUCUCCGAACAGAUAAGCCCCUCCUCCCAGGACGUCCCAUCGGCCCCCUCUCUCCCAAGCCCACAGUGGCAGCCAAACCCCCUCUCCCUGCCCCCCAGCAGUCCCCUGCUGCAGCUAGGACAUCCCUGGGGUUCCCCCGGCAGCCAGGCAAAGCCACAGGCCCAGAGACCCAGCGAACAGAACCAGAGCCCUCCCAGAGCCAGACCCAGCCCCAGCAGAGGGAGCCCCCCUGCCCCUCCCCCCGCAAGGAGACUCCCCCUGCCCCAUCGCCACGCAGGGGACCCUCUGCCCUGGAGAGCAGGGAGCGCUCUGAGAGAGCACAAUCAGUUACUGAAGAGACCCUUCCUAAACCCCGGCCCCGCAUGAAGCCCUCUCCCCAGCGGAGAGCUGUGUCUGUCUACGACGACUCUCUCCUCCGAGAACAUGCUGCUCUGCUGGACCAUGAAGAGCUGAAGGCAACAUUGCCCCGGUUGCAGAGGUCACCAGCCCAGAAACGUGCCAACCCCGGGGAGCUCCCUACCUGUAGUGAGGACCAGCCUGAGGGGAAGGAUGCAGGUGAAGCAGAGGAGGAGAGGACUGGUGAGGGGAUGGACAGCUGGCCAAUAACAGAGGACAAGCCAGGGCCAAGCCCAGUGGGGACCAGUCAGGGAGAGAGCACAGUAGAGAAGAGGGGAGAGACUGUCUCACAGCAGCACACAGCACAGGCAGAAACAUCAGACCAAAGAACUGAACCCCCCUUACCGGAGACACACAUGGAUUGACCUGCUCAUAGUCUAUUUUCUAUCAUGUCUACCUUUGCCUUGCACGCCAGAUUAUGAAAAAAAAAAUUCUAAACUAAAUGUUUUAAAAAGAUUAAAUCCAUACAUAUACUUGUUGAUUUUGAAGUGUCAUUAAGUGCACUUUCCUCACUGCUUUAAUUUAAUGCACAAAGCUACAAAACCUUGGUUAAUUCAUUUAUCAAAUAUUCAGCAGUGUUUUGCCUGAAGUGCAUGGAAAACAUGAAACAGCCAAGGAAACAUUAUCUCAGUGAUCAUAUAAAGCGCCAGGCUGUCUCAUGGAGUGCAGCCUGGAUAGUGGCCCCCUCAUGAUGAGUCAUCUGUGUGUAGUUUCUCCUUGGUAACGCCACAUUACUCCCUCCGUUCACCACUAAGCCAUGCUGCUGCUGGGAGUUGGCUAGUGGAGGCAGUAAAGGCACAGAAGUGCCAUCUGUGUGUAUGGAGAGGCAGAAAGAUGGAGCAGGAGAUAAAUAAUCAGCCUAUACUCUUGACACACUACUCUAGUGUCAUGCAGUAUUGUCAAAAUGAGUUGAAAUCAGUCUGGUGUAAAACAAUACACUACUCAAACUAUUAUAAUGUAAACAUUUUUUUAUUACAUGAAAAUAUUAACAAUUGGCACUUAAUUUACUGUAAUAAAAUCAACCUUGUAAAAACAAAAUCAAUCCAUGGAUUCAAAUCACAUGGUAAAUAAAGAGCAUUAACUUAAUGGAAAUCGAGACAAACCAUCUAGCUAUAACAAACAGUGUGCAGUCAUGCUACAAUGAGGAAAGUUAAAGAACUUUAGAAAAAUAAACUCUGUGGAAUUGAGGUGUCCAAGGCUUUCAACAUGUCACUGCCAGGAAGUAGACUAGCUCGGGCCUGCUGUUAACUUUAAUCACCACAAAUGUCUACAUUACAAUAAUGAUUCAUAACCCAAUAGUGUUAUUGCCAAGCCAACCUCAAUAUCCUAAUUUAUUCCUAUAACCUGUCUGCUCUCAAUCCACCCCUUGUACUAUUACUGCACUUAUAACGGUCACUAAUCUGCUGAUAGUUUUGGACAAUCCGCAUGCAGUGGUGCUGAAUAAUUUAAAAAAACAUUUUAGUGUAACUUAUUAAUGCUUGAUUUCGCUAGUCUUUGCUACUCUUGGCAUGUAAUAGAGAUCUCUACAAAGUUGUGCUUUCUUAUGAUGGUAUGUGAUUUAUUUCUUGCUAAAUUUGACUUUACCCGUGUCCUUACACACGACUCCAGAUUUAUACUCAAGAUACACUGUCAAAAUCCUUAAAGUAGGAUUUUGGGACAUGGAGGCUUUCAGUUCAAACUAAAUCAGUUGUACAUUUUGUAUUCGGUUCUCUUUGGUAAAGGUUUAAGAAAUUCCACAAGGGAUUUUAAGGAAAUUAGAUUCACAUUCAUGGUUUAGAGUGAAGUUGCCUCUUAUUCCUUUAGCAUAAUCAAUGCCAAAGUAACAAUAUAUUACACUAUUCCUAUAUACUGUUCACCAUUAACACCAAGGCCAAUAUAAAAUUAACAAAAACUGAGCAAUGCAGCAAAGGUUCUUGAAAGAGAUAUACAAUUCUAUAAUCGUGUUGACGCCAGAUAACCAAGUGCAGUCUGCUACUGUUUUGUGUUAAGAUUUCACUCAGAAAGAAGCAUGUUGCAUACACACUGGACUUAACCUGCUGAUCAACCAUCUGAAAAUACCCCUAACAAUAUGGAAAAAUAUUUAAGAGAAUAAAAUAGAUGGAUCAACUCUAGUCCUUGUGGUAUUCAACUCUGAAGUCCGGAGCCUGAUGGUGUUCUGUUCUACCUGACAAUUAAUUGCAGCCUCCUGAUGUCCCAGGUCUAAAUCAGUCCUUGAAAAAACGCAGUGGAACUGGCUUCGAGGUCGAGAGUUGAGUUUAGGGCCCUAUGGUUCUCAGCAAUAUACAGAAUGCCUCUAUGCUUACAGAAUAAACUGGAAUGGGCUUAAAUAUUAUGUACAAACUUUCUUUUACACAUCCCAAGUAGGAAUGUUAAAGUAUGGACAAUCUCUAAUGCUAUAAAACACAUGUGGAAAUAACACAAAGCUUAAAGUUGUAGCUAUGUCUGACUUAAAAUGUCAAUACCAAUGUCAUAUCAUCGAGCACUGUGCCUCAUUGUAAAGAUAUUACACCUCACAGUCAAGACAUUGUAUUAAGCUGAAUGACUUGGGGAGGAGCAGAAAAUGUUCUCCUUUAGUGUUUCUCUAAAGGCAUGCAGGCUCAGACAUGUAUAGGCUAGUCUUUUACAGGCCGUUGAACAGUAAAACUUAAGAGUUUACUCAACCAAAUUGUAGAGUGCAAUUUCUCUGGAAUGUUUAAUUCUCAGCCAUGUGUAUGAUACACAUAUAACUCACAAAAUGAGAAGGCUAGUUCAGAGUAUAGUGCCACAGCCACACACACAACAAUCUGAAUGAAAACUAACAAAGAAUGAAGAAGACAGAGCCUCUGGUUAGCCCUGAAAUAUACCACUUUGGAAAAUAAUCAUGUAUCAAACAAAGAGUCAUCCGGUAACGGUUAUAGAAAAUAAGGCCUCUGAAGGAACAGCUGUCUCUUGCAUAUGCCGUCCUGAUGAUUGCAUGUUCUUCCCCCCUCACUCCCUUCUUGAAUUCCUGUGUCCUAGUGCUAGAGUGUAGCUAGGACUCUGAGGAAGGAUAUAAUGAGAACAAAGAAGGACUGGCCCACUCCAAACACCAAGGCCUCCAAGGAGAUCAUCCUCUUCCCUGCUGCUUUGUACACCCCAGCUAUGGCAGCACCUACAAGCACAAAUAUUUUUGUUUUGUUUUGAGCAAUGUAUAAAAUAAUUUGAACAUCA